AGAAGCUGAAAAGCCCCAAAUAAUCUUGUGCGUAGAAGCAGGGCGCAGCUCUGAGCACAGUUUCCACGCAGGCGUCGUUUACAAGGGAUCAACACUCUCUGCGUCGCUUGACACUUUCAUUUUUUUUAAAUGACCAAUCUCCAGAAACGUCAACAUCGUUAGAAGACGUGCAGAAAGACCUCGAAGCGUGUUCCAGGUUCAAGUUUGUGCGAGCGACUGACCAGCCUUCAGCGAGCACACAACACAUGUGUGCAAGAAGAAAGCAGGGCAGACUGAUUUAACACGUCGAAGGGCUCAUUUUAAACACAAACGAAGUAUUUUUUAUUUUUUUUCUUUCAUUGAGUGAACGACCGGGUGUCUGACAGUUUUGGUAACCCGUGAAGAGCAGAUAUGGCCCAUCGUUUGCAAGACCGUCAGCACAGGCUGCCAGUGGCUCAGGCCACUGUGUUGACUCUGCCACCAGCCAGCCAAGCAAAGGAUAUGAGGCCUAGUUGGUCCGCUCUGGAAUCCCUGUUGUGUGGUGCAUUUGCUGGAGCUGUUGCCAAAACAGUUAUUGCACCUCUGGAUCGCACCAAGAUUAUUUUCCAAGUGUCCUCAAAGAGAUUCUCAGCUAAGGAGGCCUUCAGGCUCAUUUACUCUACAUACAUAAAGGAUGGGCUGUUCAGUCUGUGGAGGGGAAACUCUGCGACUAUGGUGAGGGUCAUGCCCUACGCUGCCAUCCAGUUCUGCUCACAUGAACAAUACAAAAGACUGCUGGGGAGCUGCUAUGGCUUCCAGGGCAAAGCUCUGCCUCCUUUCCCACGUUUCCUGGCUGGGUCUCUGGCUGGUACAACUGCUGCUAUGCUUACCUACCCACUGGACAUGGUACGAGCCAGGAUGGCGGUCACUGCCAGAGAAAUGUACAGUAACAUCAUGCACGUCUUUGUGCGGAUCUCCCAAGAAGAAGGUGUCAAAACACUUUACAGAGGCUUCACCCCCACUAUUCUAGGUGUUAUCCCAUAUGCGGGGAUCACGUUCUUUACCUAUGAGACCCUCAAAAAACUACAUGCAGAGAAGACAAAACGAUCUCAGCCUUACCCUUAUGAGCGCUUGGCCUUCGGUGCCUGUGCAGGCCUGAUUGGACAGUCAGCUUCGUACCCCCUGGAUGUGGUACGCCGGCGCAUGCAGACAGCCGGUGUCACUGGCUCAUCCUACGGUACGAUUCUGGGAACCAUGCGUGAGAUCAUAACUCACGAGGGAGUAAUACGCGGACUGUACAAAGGCCUGAGCAUGAACUGGGUUAAAGGGCCCAUUGCAGUGGGGAUCAGCUUCACCACAUUCGACAUCACGCACAACCUUCUGCUUAAAUUGUACCAGAUGGGCUACUUUAUCCAUUGAAUCACGGGGGAACAACAUAGGCGUAACAAAUGGCAGAGAUGAGACUGGCAUAAGAGAGGUUGUCACGUCUGUCAGAUGGCAAUAAUAAGUCUCUGGCCUCUGCAGGGCCAUUGUGUUGCACACCCCUGUUCCCUUAAGGCAUGAUGUCAACUGAGUGGACAGGAGAUCUGCUGUGCACACUAAUACACUUUAUCUCAGACUUUGGAAAAUGCACAGCAAGUAUUCAUUGUCAGAGAAAGUGACGAGUCAAAAAACAAGUGCUUUGAAAUUGUUCACACAAUCUUAGCUUUGUUGUGAAAUCAUACCAUCAGGAAGGUUAAAAUGAUAAACAGACGGGUUUGUUUUUGAUUGCAUCAGUAUGGAGGCCUUUGGUCACAGGAAAAAUAUUUGCACUUUAUUAAACAUGCAACAUUCUUUCAGUUUAACACUUAUCAGCAGAGAGAACUCGAUGAAUUUGAAAUCUUGAAAUUACAAGAAAAAACGUUUAUAAAACCGCUUUCUUUUUGUUAGACAGGGUAUUAAUGAAAAGGUGACUACCCAGUGUUCUUUGUUUUGCUUAUGAAAUUUUGUAACUGUCUCAAUGUGGACCGAAUUAAUGGAGUGAAUGAGGGUGAUCAUGUCAGCAGGACUGCACAGUUUCACUAUCCAUCCAGCACUGAGGUGCGGUGAAUUUAUAGUUCUUAUGUCUAAUAAGUGGAUGUUAAUCAAACCUUGAACCUAAAUAUAUUUUGGUUUAUUAGCAUGUUAUUAACAUUACAGCUUCUUUUUACUGUACUGUUCUCAUAUUGCUUGGACUUGCUUGUAAAGCAUUGUUUACUCAAAAUCCGAAUAACGCACUUAACUUGUUCUUAAUUCUUUUGAAAAUAAGAAAUAAAACCCACAAAUGUGCAUUUCAAAGAUGGCGUAUAUCCAAUCAUGUAAAUUUAUAGUUCUUUUAAGAUUAACUUUGCAAUAAAGGAUCCAUCCACAA